CACAAAAUGUCUGCAUUUCGAGAUGUUCAUCGGGCCCUGCAAAACACAUUGGAUGGCCUUUCACCAUCGUCCGUCAUUGACGAGGGGUGCGUGGCAAUCUUCCACGCCUUCUUUGCCAAAGGGACGAGUGAUGAAUUCCGCCAGUUCAUGCCCCCCAGCUUCAAGUCCCAAUACCCUCGAUUGUCUCACAAUCUGGAAACCACACCCUCAACAACCAGUGCAUUGCAGAAUCUCUCUGGCUUCACCCAUCCGAUAGGUACAGGCAACCCAAAUCCCUCCUCCUGUGAACCGACCGCUAGUACCCUACGCCUUCGAAGCCGUACGAGGCUGGAGAAAAGACCGACUGUUCCCACGGUGGUGACACCCGAAUCAUUCAGAAAACGAAAUGGACAGUAUACAACGCUUAACAAAAAUGCAUCAAAGCUUAUCAAGUGCAUCCAGGAAGUCGCGGCCAAAAGCCGUCGUCAGUUAGAAUUUUACGAGACUCUGUGGGAUAGUACGGAAGGACGCCAACUGCCGAAUCAUGCCCUGGAUGAAAUCCAUCGCUACGAAGCCUUACAACAAAUGAUCGACGACAGCGCCGAAAGCGAGGUCAAGAACAUCUACCGACAGCGAAUAGCGCAUCUUCUGAAAGCUCACGUGCUUGAAGUGCUCGACAGGUCCAUUCCAGACAGUGAGCUUUCCAAAGGUGUUACCCGAAGAAAAGUAACUAUCGACAAACUUUCGAAAUCCUUGCAAAAAGAUAGGAAGGAGAUCUCAACUCAUAAUACAAAGAGUCGCCAUUACCAUGCGUUCUAUGUCGCAAUCGGACCUGGCGCUGUUGUAUUACUCGGGGAUAAUGGAAACAAAAAUCUGUAA